CAGGACGCUGUUGGCAACCCCACUCAAAGAAGAGCUCGUCGACGCUAUGUGCAGCUACAAGAACGCCUUCACAACUUGUGUGUUGCUCGACAGGGGGACCACAAGACUGUGACAGAAUUUCUUCGUGGCGUUGGCUGGAAUAUUUGUCUUAAUCAUCAUCAUUAAAAACGUUGAAUAUACAUGUAAUGCCACGAUAUUAUAUGUAUAAUACAUUUUCAAAAGUUUUGCUUUCACUCCUAGUCCUUCCCAUUGAUGUUGCGAUUCAAUAUCAACCUGCGGUAUGUAACGGAUGUUACUUAUACGGAAUGUGCAUUUGUAAUGAUAUGUUUGGCAUAUUUAGAACAUUGUAUGAAUGUAAGAAAUUAAUAUGCGUUAAAAACAAAAUAUCGAUUUUGGAAACGUUUUGUAAAGAUAAUAAAGGAAAUUGCUUGAAAGAUGGUGAUAAACUGCCUGGUAUUUUCAAGAAUCAUUGUGUAACAUUUACCUGCAGCAUUACGAAGAAGACUAUUGCGCGGAUUCGUGUAGACAAAAAUUUGGUUUGCACGAUGCAGCACAUUUACGCAACCUGGAAGGAACCGAUCUUGGAUGAAAUGGCUUCUAAAGAACUGAAAGGCUGUUAAUUGCAAAUUCUAUUUUCGAUGCUCUUUAAUCUCUCUGUUGUCAGUAAUGUAUAACAUGUUGUUUGAAAUUAGUGAUAUAACUAGACUGUUUGUAACAAAGAUAUUUUAAUGAAAAACUGCAAGCUAAAAGCAGAAACUGUAGUAUAACAGCAUUAUUUUUCACAUCGAGUAUAAAACUGUAUGUUUAUCACAAGAACGUAUACUUUACAUUUCAGCGCAUGCACUAUAAUGCAAAUUAGACGAGCUAGUUAAACUGUGUCCUAGUCUUUAAAUAGCUAAAAGGUACAAAUGUACUUUAUUGUUAUUUAUAAGGACAAAUGAGUAUAAUGUUUUAUGAACUUCUCAAAACACUACAAGGCAGACACAUCGACCCCAAUUUUUUUUUCUUUUUGUCCUCAGAGAAAUAAGAAAAAAAUUGAAAUGUAAUCACUUUGUUUACUUUUAAGAGAGGCUAAAGUUGAUAAAUUAUGUUUAUAGAAGCUUCAAUAAACCAUAUAUUCUACAA